UCUAUUUGGUUUCAGCGACGAGGAGAGAUAAUAGAGGUGAAAGGGGGAAUGUUCAUCCUGAAUGAUUUUGGUUUGUUUAACGAGUUAAACUACCGUUAGCAGACCCUUUUGAAUUUUCCUCUGAUCAGGUAAAGAUUCUUUAGGUGUGAAUUCCCUGUCAGUCAUCGCAAGAUUUAUGUGUCGCUCUUCACUGGGGAGAUCUUCUGGUGUUCACAAAGCCUCUUGGGCAAAUCGUUGUUUGCGCUUUAUGCGAUAAUGGAUGGAUAGAGAGUGACGAGAAAGUAUCAACUGGAAUCUUUCAACUGUCAUGCUUAUUUUUGAAUUGUCAUUUAUGACUUGGAUGUGGCAUUGUUUACUCUCUGUGGCGCUGUUGAUAUUGGACCCAACAAUUUUACGCGGGAAUUAUAUGCACGGAUAUGAUAGAAAACUAGAUCGGGAUUUUCGUCUGUCGUUGGGAAAAGUGAGAUAUGUUCCAUGGUGAAACUAAGGGAUUGACACACGGAUACCCCUCUGACUCGCUUAAAUUCCGGGGUCAGCGACGGGCAGGUGCGUGUUGGAAUCGGCGGCUGCGCGCAGUGACUGGGGUCGUGGAUUAGAACCACACCGUUUGAGGAGAGCGCGUGUCAUGCGGACUCGGGUGUCGCACGCUGGAAGGCUUUAAAACCUGUGGUCAGGAGCUGACAGAUAAGCGGAUAUGGGCUCUGCUAUGCGGCGCCGCUGGCUGAUGGUACCACUGCUCAUGCAGGUGUGGCUGGCUGCAUCUCCAUCCCUCAGCGAGCGCCCAUGCCCCAAAAGCUGUCGCUGCGAUGGGAAAAUCGUCUACUGUGAGUCAAGCGCCUUUCGUGAUGUCCCCAAGAACCUCUCAGGGGGCUGCCAAGGCCUGUCCUUACGUUACAACAGUCUGGUGAGUCUCAGAGCCGGACAGUUUGUGGGCCUCAACCAGCUCAUCUGGCUCUACUUGGACCACAACUACAUUGCCUCUGUGGACGUACUGGCUUUCCAAGGCGUUCGGAGGCUCAAGGAGCUGAUCCUGAGUUCCAACAAGAUCACAAUGCUCCACAACACCACUUUCCACCCUAUACCCAACCUCCGCAACCUGGACCUGUCUUACAACAAACUGGCGGCCCUGCAGCCGGGCCAGUUCCAGGGCCUCCGCAAGCUCCUCAGCCUGCACAUGCGCUCCAACUCCUUGAAGAGCAUCCCCGUGCGUCUGUUCCAGGACUGCAGAAACCUGGAGUUCCUGGACCUGGGCUACAACCGCCUGCGCAGCAUCACCCGCAACGCCUUUUCAGGCCUGCUGAAACUGACUGAGCUGCACCUGGAGCACAACCAGUUUUCCAAGAUAAACUUUUCCCACUUCCCACGCCUCUACAACCUGCGGGCGCUGUACCUGCAGUGGAACCGCAUCCGCUCCAUGAGCCAGGGCCUCACCUGGACCUGGACCUCCCUGCAGAAGCUGGACCUGUCUGGCAAUGAUCUGCAAGAGGUGGAUGCUACUGUCUACCAAUGCCUGCCCAACCUUCAAACACUCAAUCUGGAUUCCAACAAACUGACCAACGUGUCCCAGGAGACCGUGUCGGCCUGGAUCUCCCUGACCACCAUCAGCCUGGCGGGGAAUGUGUGGGACUGUGGCCCUGUGAUCUGCCCCUUGGUGGUCUGGCUGAGGAACUUCAAGGGGAACAAGGAGACCACCAUGAUCUGCGCCGCCCCCAAGGAGGCCCAAGGUGAGAAGGUCAUGGAUGCCAUAGACACCCACGGUGUGUGUCGGGCUACCGCCAUCACACCCCUCACAGCCAGCACCCGGCCCACCCCCUCUAAAGGCCCAGACCAGACAGAACACCACCCAGCCUACCCCACGCCCCACACCGGAGCUGGGAAGAGGGGAGAGGGAUCUAGAGGUGGCCCUACAUCUUCAGCUGUCACCCCACCCAUGGAACCACCACCUGAGCAUGAGUUUGAGCCUGUGUCCUUUCACAAGAUUGUGGCGGGGAGCGUUGCCCUGUUUUUGUCUGUGGCGAUGAUCCUGUUGGUGAUCUACGUGUCGUGGAAGCGCUAUCCCAGCAGCGUCAAGCAGUUGCAGGAGCACUCUGCUGCGGCUCGCAAACGGCGGAAAAAAGCUAGAGAGACAGAGCACACGCUGAGCUCCCCACUGCAGGAGUACUAUGUGGACUACAAGCCCACCAAUUCGGAGGCCAUGGACGUGCUUGUCAACGGGACUGGCUCCUGCACCUGCACCAUCUCAGGCUCCAGGGAAUGCGAGGUCCCGCACCAGAUGGGCACGCUGGCGUAUUACCGGUACGAGCAGCCUAUCGUGGACUACUGCCAGGCCCAUCAGCCCCUGCGGCUCAACAUGGGCUAUGAGGGUCCCCCGCAGGGCCUGGAGGAGCUUGGGCCACGUGAGAGAACCACCAUACAGACUGUAUCGCUGCCCUCUGUGCCCUCUGCUGCCACAGUGGUGGCCGGGCCCCGCUCACCGCCCUCUAUCCUCAGAGCCCCGUCCCAGGUCCCCGGUGGCUCCUUCCCUCCCCAAGAGCGCACCACCACGCUCACCUUUGGACGCUAACAACUGGAGCGAGAGUCUGUCGUUUGAGGUGGGGGGGAUGCCACAGAUCCACCAUGACUCUUGAAUAGAGGGCAAGGGAGCAGGGGGGUUCUGUGGGGCCUUUUUCGGCACAUUGGCAUGGGAUGGCCACAAGGGGGCAGAGGUAAAAAGAGGAGAACAAAAAUGAUAAAUUUAAAAACAUGGCUAGAGGCCAUUGGCAACUGGAAUGUGACCAUUAUGAAGGCUGAUGCAUCCUGGGAGUUCUGCUAUUAUCUCUUUUUCUUUUUCCAAACACUUCAAAGUGGAGCUGCUGCUCCCCUCCUCUUGGCUCCUGGGAAAUAGAAACGUGAUGCAACGUGCAUGACACGUUAAAGCAUCCAUUUGGUUAUAGCUCUGGCCAAUGUGGCGACAAUGCUGUAUGGUGCCUGUUCCAAGGAAUGGAUCAUGGCGGUUCUCUCAUGUUGUGUUAGGAGUGAGAAAGGAAUGUGCAAUAAACUAUGUGUCUGGAGGACAAGAAAAGAAAGAGAGCAACGUCAUGAAACAAAAUAAUGUUUACCAGAACUCAAAGGCUCGCUCUUUUUCCCAUUCAAAUUGCCAGUCAGGGGUCAUAAUGCCAUGGAAAUCAUUAUUUCAUUCAAAUGAGUAAAUUCUCAAAAAAGAAGAAUGUUGUUGUGAGAGAACAAGUAGAUUAUUGUAUUGUUUCCAUACUGUGUUGUCAGUAUGUUCAACUAUGGAGGUCAAGGUCUGAGUUUUAUUCAUGUGCUCAUGUCGUACCAAAGAUGUAUUAUUUUUAUGUACAAUAAUAGCAUUUGUUUUCUUUAUACUUUUUGUUUCUGAAAACAUAACUGGUACACAUUAAAUACAUGCAUUAGAUGGUUUACCUUUUUAUAAAUGUACGUCUGCCAUCUGCAUACAGUAUGUACAACCAAACCACAUAAUAAUCUACAGAGGCUGCCGAGUCCUGUGUCUGUAAAUGGAUGAGAGAGCCUACUCAGUUAUCAUUACAAAAAUACAAUUUUAUGGAGUCCAAUAGAAAAUGUAGGAAGCAUGUGCAAUGGGGUGUCAAGAUUUGGCAGCUGGCUCAAGUUGGCCCACCAGAUUAUACUAUCUAUGGUCUGACUAAUUCAUGAGAUGUAUAUCUAUUUCAUUAAAUACUUUUAAAUGGAAUUGCUGGAUGUGAAGUGUUUGGGCAGAAUUAAGGUAUUUUACAUGCUGAUGCUUUGUAAUGCUCAAUUUGAUCAAAUUGGGCAAAGCAAUGAACAAGGAGGUAUGUAGGUCCUUCGAGGGGGUCAACUAAAGGUUGAAUCUCUCAUCACCUGUAAAGGCCGAACUAACCAUUUUAUAUAUUUGAUUUCUAAAAACAAUGCUUGAUUUUCUUGUAACUGGCCUGUCUGUGAGGUGAGCGGCAGGUAUGCUGGUGGAUUGAUGAUGCACUGCUCCUGUGCUGCCCUCUCCUCUCUACGCCCUUAGAAACACAGCAGACAAAGAGCCCAGUGCCUCACGGGGGCUUGUUGGGCUGACUGACUGGCACGUUGGUGCGUCUUUGACAUCCAGAAAAACUCAUUGACUGUGGUGGACUACCACUGGGGAUGGAUAUUGCCUGUUAAUAACACAGCCCUUUGCCAGUAAGUGUGCCUGACUGUGUUUGAACUCCAACCAGAUGAAUGUGGACACUGUCUCUGUUACCCAUGAGCACUAUUGGACAUCCUUUACCGUCAAUUGAUGGAGUUGAAGAUGGACUGGAUCCUUUGUUGUGGUGGCUCUUCAACGGAGAUUCCCCACCCCUCACUCCCCAUGUCCAAAUCAAUCACACACACUGCGGUCCUUUUUUACCUGUCAAGUUCAACACCCUGAGGUCUGUAUAAUGGAGGAGGGAGCACAUCAAGCCACCUAUGUAUAUGGCUCCCCAUGAAGGAGAAAGCCUGAGAGGGCAAAGAGAAGGGAGGGCCAGGAGACUGCCGGCCGGGGGGUGGGGGUGGGGGGUGCUUUUUUGUAUGUUUCUUGAUCGGAAGCAAAAGUGUACAUUUUUGAGAUGAUCAAUGAUGUCAAGCAAUUCUAUAAAAAGGACAAAAUCCUUUGGGACUUAUUUAUCUUGUAAAUAGAGAAUCUUUAAAAAGGAAAAAGUUACGUAUUUUGCUUCUUCUGAAACACAAACUGCUUGUGGCCAGAAGAGGAGCCUUAUCCACGAGCCGGAGUGAGGGAGGGAGUCUGUCCAGAAGAUGGCUUUGGGAGGGAGAUGAUGAUGAUUCCCACCAUAUCCUCUCCUCUCCUUGUUUUAAUUAUAAAUAUUUUUCUACCUGCUCCCACCUCCCUCCAGCAUGUCACUAUUCCUGCAAACAUUGUCCAUCACUGAGGUUUUUACUGUCUUAAAGACACACCCCUACCAGAACCACACAUAAGGAAUUUGGUAGUAAAAUUUGAUUUGAAGUGUCAAAGGUAUAUUAUUCAAAUCUGGCCUGUAGUAGAGUAUUUCAAAUAAAUAUAAUAAAUAUAAUUUUAUUGGUCACAUGCACCCCCCCAAAAAAGUAUUGUUCACAUUACAGUGAAAUGGUUACGAGCCUAUUCCCAAUAGUGCGGAAUUUUAAAGUCAGACAAAUAUUUGCUAAAUACAAAAAGGAAAUAGUAACACAAUAAAAAGAAUAAUGAAGCUACAAGGACUACCAGUACCGAGUCAAUGUGCAGGGGUACAAGGUAGUUGAGGUAAUACAGUAUGUACAUGUGGGUAGGAGUAAAAGUGACUAGGCAAUCAGGAUAUAUAAUAAACAGAGUAGCAGCUGUUCAGGCCGCUGUUACUAUUAUUAUUAUUUUUAUCAACCCAUGUUCUCGUGUAUGACUCGUUUUCAGUAUGCUUGAGAUACAGUAUGUUAUUUCUACUAAAGCCUUGAUAACAUAGUUUCAUUGAAUAAUUGACCAACCCCCAAGCAAAAACACACCGAUAAUGCUCUGAUAAUUAUAUCAUGAUCUAGAAGAGUUUUGAGAUACUGUAUGCCCCACAUAUUACAUACAAACUGUUGGUUUACUCGAAAUGGUUUCUGACUACAGUGCUGGUUUUAGUUGACCUUGUAAUAAAUGUUGUGCCAAUGUCUUCACAAAUGGGACAUCCCACUCUCAGUUCUAGCAAUGUCUUGUCUUGCCUUGCUCUUUAAACCUCCCCUGCCAUCUCCUGGCCUGGAUAUCAUGUCUGCCUUUGGUGACCCUUUUUUAUAAUGUUCUAUCUCUGUCCGCAUGCUGACGAUUGGGCAAACCACGUCAAAAUAUAAGGGUGUGCACUGAACGAGAAACAGAUAGUAUAGAGCUAGACUAUUUCCUGUCUGACAUGCCCUAGAACCACAAGCAUGUGUUUCCACACACACGCUGGCUACUUUGGUGUCUCUCAAGCAAGCUGUUCACUGACCCCUCUGUAGCCCAUCCUCUCCAGGGUAGAUGUCUCCCGCCCCAUGGGCCCUCCAGUCUCCAUGCUGUCUUUAUGCACAUUGCAGAAAGAGAUGCUUGUGUUGGACGAGGCUAUUACUCCAGAGAGAGGCUUCCCUCUUCUAUUAUGGUAACACAUUUCCAGACUAAUUAUCAUUAUUUAGUUUCUUCAUUAAUAUGUUUCCUUGAGCAGUAAUCACUCAACAGCAGUCCAACAACGAUCAAAACAAUAUGUAAUUGGAAGUUUAAAUGGAGUCAUGGUGACCACAAUUAAAUUAGCGGCUAAUAAGUCAUUGGUUUACCAUGAUCUACAUCCCUGAUAAGGCCAUUGGAAUAAAGGGACCCUGCUGUCUUCCAUGAACAAGUCUUUUGUCCCAUUUUUAUAAUGCUGUACUGUACGGGGCUUUCAGCACAGGGGAUGCAUACAACUUGUGUAAGUUUAAGCUGAAAUUCAGGAACGUCUGUGCUAGCCCAGAAACGCCGACAGGCUUUGUUUUUUUCCUCGGCCUUGUUUGUUUUGGGAUCUGUACCCCCCUCUACCCCAAUCCUCUGAGUUUGGGAUCAAAUCCCUUUUGGGAACAGAUUUAGCUGAAGGGAGGGUGAAUGAAGGUCUGAAGUAUUGCAAGAAAGCCUUUCAUAUUUCCGUGUCUAUGCUCUGAGGAAUGGCUAAAUGCAAAUCUCUAGGGGAAAGAGAGAUGAGGCAAGAGAGAUGGGGGGGGGGAAGAGAAAUCGAGAAAAUGGGAAACAAAUAACAGAAAUGAAGAAAAGGGGUAAGAACAAGAGAAUUGCAUUGUAUUUGCUUAAAACAAAGGUUUUGCAUCCCAUGCACACCAAGGGAUGCUAUCCUAACACCUUGGUAGACAUGUACAGUACCUCAUUAACACAUUGAAUGGGGCACACAGACACCUGCAUCCUCCUAAAUCUCCCAAAUCCUACUUCCACACCCUGGCUGUAUGCAGUCUGAUCACACCUAAUGCACAGGGCUGAGGAUGCAGGAGGGUAUAGUGAGUGAACACAUCAUCGUGAACUGCAUCCCCCCCACAGGGUGUAACAUCUGCUGCUGAUGAAUCGUGGCUUUUGUUGUCUAGGCUCUGUCACUGCUGGUGCACACCUAGUUUAUGCUGUCUCAAACCUGGCCCUUACAUCUCAACGCGGCUCUGGACUCUGCAGCGCCUCACCUCCCUGCCAUCAACACAACACAUUUCUCCUUCCAGUUCACCUGAAGCCAACCGCAGAGAUUCAAUGACUAUGUCAUUACCUGAGAAAUACGUUUGACAAAUUAAUUCCCAGCCAGAUGUGGCUUUGCGUCAUCUUCUCUAUUCCCUCCUGAACUGAGGCAUUAUACAGUUACAGUAUAGAGCCCCUAUAGGGCCUCUGUAGGGCCCAGAGCAUGUGGAGACCUGAGGCAUACAGGACAGUAGGAGAAGCUCUAACAUCAUUAGCUGGAGGUUUUUGCCCUUUGGCAUAAGCAAUGGUUACAAACCAGGGUCAAGACAAUAGGGGUUCUAAGCAUAACCAUUAACCUCUGUCAGAGAUAUAAACUAUUCCGGUCUAACAAAGCAUGUUUAAACCACUAAUUGGAUUUAUGUGAACAGAAUAAGAAAAGGAACACUAAUUUCAUAUAGAAUCAAUUUUGCUACCAGAGGCGAUGUUGAGAUGUGAACAUGCAGUAAAACUGACAGAAAGCAAUAUUAUCAUAUUCUUUAAGAAUUCCUUAUUUGCUCCAAGCUUCUCCACAUUCUCCCCUCCCACCAAUACCACUGGUUCUUUCCCAUGAUAUUUUCAUGUGAAUUUCUGCUUUUCCCUCAUCUAUCUCCUACUGACGGCAUUGAUUUCUGUGGGAUGUAAAUAUGAGCUGCAUUGUUUAUUCUGUAGUUGGUUUGUUGUUGUUUUGGUUUUAAUUCUUAUUUUCUGUGCUCAGACCUAAAGCGGUGUUGUGGAAACCUGGUCCAAACGCAAAAUAUGGCUUCUCUUUGAGUAUAUUAUUGUCAGAAAAUGUUUUGUAAAAAUUUUGAUGACGGAAUCAAAAAUAAAGAAAUUUAAAGGUUAA